AGGGCGGAUAAGAAGGAGCGGCGGGAACUAAGAGCCGAGUUUGCUGCGGGCCGGCUGACCCCGCCCGGUACUUCAGCCUCAGCUAAGGAGCGGGCGUGGCCCGUGCGUCGGCGGGGUCACGACCCUGUACCGUCCCGGCUCUAGUGCGGAGUGCUACGGAGCCUGCGACUGCAGGAGCCCCGAGGGAGUGGCUCCUCCGGUGCUCAGGGUUGCAGCCAUCGGGCAGGGGCUUGGAGGAUUCGGUUGGGGGCUGCUGCCUCACGCUCUGACAGACCUUUGUAUGGCUUUUCAAUUUUAGUUGAAAUUCCCUCUAUGGCCUUUUGGAGUCCUGUGGUGUGUCUCCAGAGUAAAUUUCGAUUACUCUACAUUUCAUCAAUGUUGGCGUGGCAAGAAAAAGGAGGAGCUGAUUUGGGUGAAAAGCUUUUUUUUCUAGGUAUAACAAACUGUAAACUUUAAAAAGAAAAAAAAAGUGAAGAUGGGUGAAAAGAAACCAGAGCCUUUGGACUUUGUGAAAGAUUUUCAGGAAUAUCUGACUCAGCAGACCCAUCAUGUGAACAUGAUUUCUGGAUCAGUUAGUGGGGACAAAGAAGCAGAGGGUCUUCAGGGAGAUGAAGACGUUUGGUCCCCAGGAAGGGCUGACCGUAUUUAUCUAUCCAGAAGGAGAAGCUGGAAUAGAGAAAGCAGUGACUUGGCUAAACCUGCUAGAGCUGGAACAGAUGGUGAUCAAAAUGGACUUGAUCACCCAUCUGUUGAAGUUUCCCUGGAUGAAAACUCAGGAAUGUUAGUAGACGGGUUUGAACGGACCUUUGAUGGAAAGCUCAAAUGUCGGUACUGCAACUAUGCCAGCAAAGGGACAGCCCGGCUUAUCGAACAUAUCAGAAUCCACACAGGUGAGAAACCUCAUAGAUGUCACUUAUGUCCAUUUGCAUCUGCUUAUGAGCGUCAUCUGGAAGCCCAUAUGCGUUCCCAUACUGGAGAAAAACCAUACAAAUGUGAAUUAUGUUCCUUCCGCUGCAGUGAUCGAAGUAACCUGUCCCAUCAUCGAAGACGCAAGCAUAAAAUGGUACCAAUCAAAGGUACUAGGUCUUCUUUGAGCAGCAAGAAAAUGUGGGGGGUUUUACAGAAGAAAACAAGCAAUUUGGGGUAUAGCAGACGAGCACUAAUCAACUUGAGUCCACCUUCCAUGGUGGUUCAGAAACCAGACUACCUUAAUGAUUUUACCCAUGAAAUCCCAAAUAUUCAGACGGACUCCUUUGAAAGUAUGACGAAAACCACACCAACUGGUGGCCUACCAAGGGACCCCCAAGAACUCAUGGUUGACAACCCUUUAAAUCAGCUCUCAACUCUAGCGGGACAGUUGUCCAGUUUGCCACCUGAAAACCAAAACCCUGCAUCCCCUGAUAUAGUUCCCUGCCCUGAUGAAAAGCCUUUCAUGAUUCAGCAGCCCUCAGCCCAAGCAGUAGUUUCUGCUGUGUCAGCAAGUAUUCCUCAGGGCUCCUCUCCCACAAGCCCCGAGCCUCGGCCAUCACAUGGUCAAAGGAACUACAGUCCAGUGGCAGGUCCGAGCAGUGAACCAAGUGCCCACACAAGUACCCCCAGCUUAGGAAAUAGCCAGCCGAGCACUCCAGCCCCCACCCUGCCAGUCCAGGAUCCUCAGCUUCUGCACCACUGCCAGCACUGUGACAUGUAUUUUGCAGACAAUAUUCUUUACACUAUUCAUAUGGGAUGUCAUGGGUAUGAAAAUCCUUUUCAGUGUAAUAUAUGUGGAUGCAAAUGUAAAAACAAGUAUGAUUUUGCCUGUCAUUUUGCAAGAGGGCAACAUAACCAACACUGAUUUAAAACAAUCACAUUGUGCUCUAUUUGGUUUUUUACCUUUUUGGGCUUUGUGGGUUGAUUUUGUUAGUUUUGGUCUUCCCUAUUAAGGUGUCUCCUAAUUUAACAUUUAUACAUUAUAUUUCUAGAAGGUAGGUUUGACAGUGGAAACAAAAUAUUCCCAUUUUUUUCAUAAAAAUUUGGUCAGGACAAUUUAUGUUUUAGAACAGUUAGGCAGAUUGGUGUCUCUAUCUUUCAUCUAGACAUUUGAGAAUUGGAGUUCGAGCAUAAUCUUAUAGGUGUUCAUUUAAAUUUCCCACUUUUAUGGCCCAUAAAAACUUCACGACUUAUCCUUACUUUUGAAAUAUCAGUAUAUUCUUGGGUAGUUCUGCCACAUAUCAAAAUGAUAGAAUAUUUCCUCUUACUAUAUUUGUUACAACUUAUUUCAUUGUUUAAUAGGGGAAUUGCUUUUAAAUUUGUUCUUAAUUAAAAUACUAUUUAAUGCACAUGAUUUAAGUUCAAGCAUUAGUUUCAUUUCAACUGAUCAUUAAUGAAGCUAAUUUCAAUGUAGUGUAUUUGUUUUCUAUAAGGGAAAAUGUAAAGCAAUUUCUUUAAUGAAAGUUACAAAAAUAUGAAGUGAAAGUUAGAAAAAGAAAUGAAAUCCAAGACUUUAAGGUGAAAAUGUAUCAUCUCUUUCCUCUGUAACAGAAGAAAUUGAAGUUUAUUGUUUAAAAUAUCUGUUUAUUCAAUUUCUGGCUUGAUCAUAUGUCAGCUUUCAAUUGGAUUAUUUUUAUUAUACUUCUAGUUCAUUAAAAACAAACAAAAAAACGCAGGUAAAUAAAUGCAAAGGUAAUGCCAGAGGAUUAUCUAUGAAGAUUCUUUUUUCCUUUUAACUUGAACUGUUCACUUAAAUCCUUUAUUCUGAUGUGAUAACGUUAUUAGCAUCACGGGAGAUUGAUAACCAUUUGAGAACCUGUUAUUCUUCUUACUCCUUUGAUGACCAAAGAAGUACAGUGGGAUUUUAUCCAUCUUCUUAGUCCUAGGAACUAAGACUAAGACUUUUCCUGCCUUCUAUCUAUUUCCUGUCCAUAAUUUCUGGGUACAAGAAACGUGGGAAAAUGUGAUGAUGAAUUUACAUUUAAAAAAAUGAGAGGAUGGGUCCAAAAUGGAUUUUGGUCUCCUCUUCAGAAUUGGCCAUUUUGAAUAUUUUCUGUGAAUUCAAAUUGUGUAAUGCUCAUUUGCAGUUUUACCAAUCUUCAUGUAUAGUUAAAGAAAACUAUAUGGAAACUGUGAUUAAAUUGUCAGCUUAGGAGGAAAAGAUAAGAAGGUGUGAAAAUGGAUAUAAAAUGCACCUAAACGAUAUUUGUUUACAAAAAUAAGACUUGCUAAAUAAAUCUAGAAUAAUUCAUUUUGAACAGGAGGCUUUUGUUUUUAUAUUGUGUAAUAACUAGCCUACUCUGAAAAACAGAUUUGUCAAACAAUAAAAUAUAUUGUUACUAACUGUUGGUUUCUGUGUACUUUGCAAAAAUUUUGUUUUAAUCUGGUUCAGAUCUUAAAAGUGCUACUAAUUGGAUUCUUAAAAGAAAAUAGCCUAUUAAGCAUUUAUUAACCAAAAAAGGACUGCUACCCCUGUAGUAACUUAAAAUAUAGAUGGUAAAUUGCCCACAACCCCCCUAAAUUCCAAUUUACUGGAUCCGCUGCCCUCCCUUCCAAAUGCUAGACAGCUAUUAAAGUGAGUUCUUGUGGUUUAGUGACGAAUCUGACUAAUCUCAACUGCAUAGUUUGAAGAACAUACGUAUCAAGACGGUUUGUCCAAACAACUGUAGUUCUUCUCUGUCAAAUCUGAGGCUUUAGGCUUGUGCAUCUAAAAUUUUACAAUUGUUUCACUCUGUUGCUUAAAAUGUUCACUGCUCAGCUCAAUUUUAGUGUAGCAAUCUCCAAAUGUACACUCUGCUCUAGUAUUUAUUUAUUGCUCAUGAGAAAUAGGUUGCUUUCAUUUGAAAGCCUUUGAGAUUUUUUCUUCACUUUUCUUUUAUUCUUCAACUAAAAGCAGUACCUCACAACAGAAAAAGAACAUUUUCAUUAAACAAAGAGGAAAAACUGUUAAAACCAGCUUACCAACUGUGUAUUCUAGGUCAAAAAGUGACAAAUACAUUUUUUUCUGACAACUAAAGAUGGAUGUUUUGAAGGUGCAUUUUUCAAUUCAAACGUGUUUACUUUUAACAUAAACCUAUCUUUAUGAAAAGAUAGUAAGAUUUUUUUUCAUAAUUACAAAUCAGAAUGUGUAAUUUUAAUUUUCCUAUUACUUACAAUAAAGAGCACAAUUGGUAUUCCAAAGCUGUCGAUGCUUGAAAGCUACAACUAAUUCUUAGUGCACUAAAAUUUUUAAAGCAAAUCUACCUUAGAAACUUUUUUCAUAUUAUAUUUUUAAAAAGAUUUAGGAUCUUAUUUAAAUUCUCUGAGUUAAAUUCUGUAUUUGGAAAGAUGUUAGUAUCUUAAGUAUUGAGUAUGUUUCUUCCAUUUUAUUUUUAAUCAAAUAUUUUAUAGAAAGGAUUUGUUGGGAAAAGUUUAACAUGCACUAUUUAUAGUACUUUGCCAUUAACAAGCAAUGAUGUUCUGAAACUAAAUUUAUUUUUGUUUAGUGAGCAUAAGUUUAGAUUUCUAAAGUUAGUAGAUUUAUCUCCACUAAUAUUUUUUUAAGAAACUGUGAAGAGAUUAACGGAAUAAUUUUAUUUCAGAUUUUACUAAUAUAGUGUUUAGCUACAACUUAUUAGAAUUCGAGUAAAGGCUAGACUUUUACUUUGAAAAAAUUCCACUGGAUAUUUUCCAGUGCUAUUUCAUUUUAGAAACAAGUGUUUGCCCAUUCAUUUGCAGAAUUGCCUGACAAAGGGAAUAUUACUAAAAUAUGUUUAUAGAUAAACCUAAUUUUAAGUUCUACAAACAUAUUUAUCAAAUGGAUGUAUUAUUAAAAUUAAAUUCCCUGCUAAGGACUUUUUCAUUAAAUACUCUUAGAGUAUAUGCUUUCUAGAACUUGUUUUUGUUAAUAUGUACUUUGAUGUAAAGCACAUAUUUUGUAUGCAAAACACAAAAUUUGAGUUAUGGCUGCAAAAUACAUUAUAUUGUUUAGGGAUUUCAGAAAGCAUUUUAAUGCUGAAAUAACUAUGUUUAGUAUGUAGUUCAUGUUGUGAAGCUUUGAUUUUUGUAACAUAUGAAUAAAAAGUAAUGCUUUCUAAUGACCUUGAUUUUUCUUUCUUGAAAACUAGGGUCAAAUUAGUUUCUUAGCAACU